AUGAAGAAAGAUAGCCAAGUCAAAAGGAAAGGAAGAGGGCUUGGUGGAGCCAUUAGAGAGCAGAGAGCUCGGCUUUAUAUUAUCAGAAGAUGCAUAAUAAUGCUUCUCUGCUCACAUUACUGA